CAACCGAUUCUGACUUAUCAAAUCACAGAUUAUCGUCCUCAGAAGAAAACAUACCGCUAGAUGCAUUCGAGGAACUCUAACAAGAUCAACACGGUAAGGAAACAUCGAUGCAGUUGAAGCGAGUUUAUUUUUAGUCACUGACUGAAAACAUAGUUUGAUUAUGCAGAAAAUACUUAUUUUCAGCUUAUUUGCCAUAACAGCUUGUCAGGCUCUUUCUCUUCCACUUCUUCCUGCUCUGGAACCUCUAUUAAAUCAUCUUCCUGAUAUACCUAUUCUGGAUGAUGUUUUGGAUUCGGUCUGGGACAAUUUUAAGGAUGUAUUCGACAAGACAUAUGAUACAUUGGAGGAAAAUAUCAGGCGUCCUAUUUUGUUGAAUAGACUAGUUUCAAUAAUCAAAUUUAACCUAAAGAACUCAACUUAUAAUUUAGGAUUGAACAAAUACUCAGAUCUGAGUCAUGAUGAAUAUAUGAAGUAUCUGAAUGGUUUUAAAGUUGGGAAUACUUCCAGGAUAAAUCCAAAACCUUUUAUAUUACCAAAUAUUUCUAAAAUACCAGAUGAAGUAGAUUGGAGAGACCAUGGAUUGGUGACACCUGUUAAAGACCAGAAACUCUGUGGCAGUUGUUGGGCAUUUUCUUCAACGGGUGCUUUGGAAGGUCAGACGAAGAAAAAGACAGGAAAGCUAAUAUCUCUUAGCGAACAGAAUCUCGUAGAUUGUGUUUCAGAUAAUUCUGGCUGUGAUGGCGGCUGGAUGGAUCCUGCUUUCGAGCAAAUAAAAAAAGAAAAGGGCAUAGAUACAGAGGUGUCUUAUCCAUACGUAGGAAUACAAGACAGCUGCUUUUUCAACUCAUUCACAAUUGGUGCAACUUGCAGAGGUUACGUCGACAUACCGACAGGAGACGAGGAAGCUUUGAAACGAGCUGUGGCAACAAUUGGACCGAUAUCCGUUGCCAUCGAUGCCGAAGAUGAAGAGUUUCACAGCUACAAGAGUGGAAUCUACGACCAACCGAAUUGUCAGAAAGAUGUUGAGUUACUUACGCAUGCUGUUCUUGUUGUUGGUUAUGGCACAGAAAAUGGCUUGGACUACUGGCUUGUAAAAAACAGUUGGGGACCGACAUGGGGCAUGAAUGGAUACAUAAAGAUGUCAAGAAACAAGGACAACCAAUGUGGAAUUGCCACUAAAGCUAGUUACCCACUGGAAGUCUUUGAUAAGUCAUACAGUCCCGAGGAAGUAGCUGAGAGGCGUACCAACUUGCUGAACACAGCACUUGAGAUACUUUCUUUUAAUUUGGACAAUUUGACCACCUACACGUUGGGACUGAACAAGUACUCGGAUCUGAAUUACACUGAGUACAUGAAAUAUCUGAACGGCUUCCGAAUCAACAACAUGUCGAAUACCAAUCCGAAGUUAUAUGUUCCCCCAUCCAAUGACAUGAAGUUGCCGGACAGAGUGGACUGGCGAGAUCAAGGAUAUGUGACAUCUGUUAAAGAUCAGUCACUCUGUGGCAGCUGUUGGGCCUUCUCAUCAGCAGGUGCUCUGGAGGGUCAGCUGAAGAAGAAGACGGGAUCUCUUGUAUCUCUCAGUGCGGAGAAUCUCCUCGACUGUGUCACAGACAACUACGGCUGCGACGGCGGGUACAUGGAUCCAGCUUUCGAACUGGUGAAAAAGGAAAAAGGAAUUGAUACCGAGGCAUCUUAUCCUUAUCAAGGCGUUGCAGACAAAUGCAGUUUCAAACCGUCAACAAUCGGAGCAACAUGUAAAGGUUAUGUAGACAUACCGUCCGGAGAUGAGAAUGCUUUGAAACAAGCCGUGGCAACAGUAGGCCCGAUUUCGGUUGCUAUUGACGCUAAUUCUAAGGAAUUUCUAAACUACAAGAGUGGCAUCUAUGACCAGCCAGCUUGCAAAAGUGAUUAUAAUUCUAUGAGCCACGCUGUCCUCCUGGUUGGUUACGGCACAGAAAAUGGCAUGGAUUACUGGCUCAUAAAAAACAGCUGGGGUCCCUCUUGGGGCAUGAAGGGAUACGCUAAGAUGGCAAGAAACAAGAACAACAAGUGUGGAAUUGCAACGAUAGCAAGCUACCCUUUGAUGUGAAGAACAAUUCGCUAAGAACAAAUUGCAAACCACAUCAGAAAUGAGAAUAAAUUAUUUAUUGAUAUUUUUUUCUUCUUUUCUUGAUUUUUUAGAUAAC